GAAGGAAACGGAUCCUUGAACAAUAUUAACAUGGUGUUUUUUUAUAGAUAUUGCUAACUAACUAGUAUAAAAAAAGAUAUAAAAAAAUGUGAACAUUACUAGUUCAAAAUUGAAACCAAAAAUAAAGUAGUUGCAAAAUUAGAUGAAACAGUGAAAAACAACAAAGAUGAUUCGAAAACUAUUAGUGUUGUGUUUAAAUCUAGUGACGAUUCGAUCUGCGCCGUUGCAACCUAGCAUGCAACAGUUGCAGGCGCAUUUGUCGCCGAUACAACAACAACUAUUGGCGAUGCAACAGAUGGAGAUGAUGAACAGAAUCAUAGCUGCAAAUUCGCCGGCUGUUGUAAAUCCAGCACCAGUUUUACUUUUGAUUCCAAACUUUUCGGGAAUUCAAAAUAUUAAUGACGUCAUCAGUAACCCCAGUGAGAUCAGCGCAAAAGAGUAUUUAAAACUCAAGACGUUAAUGAGUAAUAAUGAAAAUGAUGAUACAGUUAUAGUCAAUGCUGAAGAUGAAGAUAUGCUAACGGAUAAACUUACAAAUAAAGCCAUAUUGCUUUUACCAAAUAGGGCAAGAUUGUCAAUAGGGGAUAUAAUUUCGAACACUCCAUGGCUACCAAUAGAAGUUAACGUACCAGAUACGAUAUCUUGGAUUUAUAAUGGAAUAGCCGGUAUCAUUGCUGGUAUUGGCCAAAGAUUUCCAUUCAAACGACCACAAAGCCCCCAAACAACCCAAGAUAAUCUCAGGGUGCUACUAAAGCAACAUCAAUUACAACAGUUACAACAAAAAGUUAAUGUGCUACCAAUUUUAGUCGUACCUAUUGAUGCGCCUAUUGUAAAACCCUAAUCUCAUUUUGAAUUAAAUUAAUCGAUAAAAUUGAACGCAAUUGUAAAGAUAUAAAUAAAUUUGAACUUUACAAUUUGGAUUUAAAAUGUUUCAUGUAAAGAAGACUGUCUUGUUUCGUAAGAAAUUUUAUUAAUAAAUUGUAAAUAUGGUAAAUAUGAAAUGAAAUAAUAAUAUUAUAAGAGUCAAAA